AUGGACUACAGUGCUGUAAACCUCGAGCGUAUUAUUGGAUCACUAAAAAAGCAAGUAACACAGCAGGACCAGGAUAAGUUGCUUCCUUACACAGAAACGGAAGACAGGCGGACUAUUAUCUUUCAAAGAAUGCAGGAAGAAGACUCCAUGGGAAAAUUCUACUGUCUUAUUUUGCUGCAGAAAAGCCUAAACAAGCCCAGGACCGAGCAGGAGUUGGAUAAUUUCCUGGAAAGUGUCCAGUACAUCCUGGAAAGUGUACACUUUUCUACGCAUUUGGAGAUUUCCAAGGCAGCCUCCCUGUACUCCUCCGCAGCCCUUUUCUACUGGCCCAUAAAGAUGCCGCAAUUCGUGAACACUCUCUCCGCGCUCAUUCACAACAGAAACCCCUUGGGAGUCCUUGCCCUGAAGAACUUCCUGCAACUUGUGAGUGACUCCCUGGAAAUAACGGAAGAAAGAAGAUACGAACUAAAAAAAGCAAUUUCCAAGAUAGAAGGAAACUUGCUCACACUGUUGUACCAGUGCGGCAGCAGAAUAGACGUUCUGGAGGUGCUUCUGCUUAUGAAUAGGCUUGACAUCGUUAACGACCGCAUCACAGUCCUUCUCCUGGAGACCCUGGAGGGAGAAGACCCAGCCACAAACGAGGCACUUUCCAGAUUCAUCAGAAAUAUCACGAUAAAUGCGAAUCCCAGCCUCUUCCACGGGAUACUCUCCGCCCUUUGCACGAAGAGUCCGCCACUCGCAGCUGCUUUCGUGGGAAAUAACGUAAACAUCCUCGAAGGAUCUGGGAGAGAAAGCGCCCCUCUAGCGUACAAGGCAGUGAGUCAGUGCAUAUUCUUCCUUGAGGAGAUGGACUCGGCAGAGAUAGAGGCUUUCCUGAAAGUCUACCUGAAACUUAUAAGGAGUUUCUGCAAGCAAAAAUCCUGCGAUCUUUCAGGUAUUCUGGCAGUUCCGUACCCGGAAUUCGUCGUUCGCCUGGCAAAGGCCCUGGACUCGGAGGGAGAGGAAAACAGGGCAGUCACGGAGGGAGUCCUCGGAGUAGUGGGCGCAGUAGGGGCCCUGGCGAAGGAGCAGAACACGGAAAUGUUCAGAGAGUGCCACUGGAAUAUGCCUUCUUCCCUCGCAGAAGUCGUUAUCAGGAACCUGAUCUGCCCAGUUUACACAGGAAAUCCAUUCCUGGACCUGAAACAGGCAGUUGUCUUUAAGGACGCAGGAGAGGCACUGCACUCCCUGGAGAAGGCACAGAUGAAGACACAGAAGGAGUGCAAUGCCGUUAGAGAAGCCGUUGAAAUGAUGCACGAAAUGGGCACAGUCUCAGACCAGAAGAUCCUCGCCCUGUACGAGAGAGCACUCGCAGCAAAUAACUUCUACAGCAUCGACUUGGCAGUUUCCUUGGGACUUCUCAUGCAGAGAGACAGCCUCGUCCUGGGAGCAGUAAAUAACUUCGCAGGAAAAGGCGUAGUCGCAUUUAUUAGCAUGAUAGAGAAGUGUCCGCACUUGGCGUUUGGGCUUUUUGACGAAUUUAUCAGGCACUUGCUCGCGAGAGAAGAGAUCAUAAAUGAGAUCGAGGCACUGAGUAAGCUCCUGGAGAGGGAGAGCGCCCUGAAAAAGGCCAGAGUAGACGCAGUACAGCUCUUUGGGAGGGAGGUUUUGGAGAAAGUCUUCUCCAGGAUAGACGCAGGAAGCGUAGUUGAGCUCAGAAAAGUCGCUAAAAUCCUCCCGUUUCUCCAGGAAAAAGUCCACGAGGCUUUCCUCCAGAAGAUGUGGAUCCGGGCGAAGGGAGAACUCGAGAGGCAGAUGCUGGAAAAUGACCACGCUCACGGAAGUGCAGUGCAGAGCAUCGUGGGAAGCAUCGCAGCAGAGUGCAAGUCCCCAGUCGAGGGACAGGUGCUUUACGAUCUCGUGGAAUUCGGAGAAUACCCCGUUAGAAGCGUCCUGCAGGGAGUCAAGGGAGUAAUCGCAGGAAGUAAAGCAUCAGAGUACGCCAGAGACGUAUUGAGGGCAAUGGUAAGCGUCCUUGUAAGCGCAUACGCAACAAACUCAGACGAAAACACCAGAGCAGCAAUCGUUGGACUCCUGAUUGAGGACCCAGAGAGAGUAGACGCACUCCAGGAGGCAUACGGAAUCGACUUGGGAGAGGUCAGAGCAGCAAAGGAGAAAAGACCCCCCAUGAAGAGAGCCCUUAGAAGAGUCGAGGGAAUGAGCGAGAAGCACGGAGCCCUCUUGAAAAAGGCAAAGACAGAGUCCCAGGAGGAAGACCCUGAUAGAUGGAGCAAAAUAGCAACGCCUUUCAUGUAG